AUGUCUGAUUUGUAUCGUUCAGCGCUACAAGCACGCAUCGCGAAGCUGCCUAUGCUUCAUCCAGAAGACGUCGACGAGGAUGAGGAUGAGGAGGAAGAGGCGACAGACACUCUUGGAUCACUCCCUACUGGCGCUCCAAUGCACCUACUCCAACCCCCCUUUCUUCUCACUCUAGUACUUCGUACUAACACACUCCUCAGGCCUACGCGUGCACCGUGGGCCCCGCGCAAGCGCGCUCCGAACGUCUCGUUCGCACCCAUCUCAGCCUCUGCAUUCUUCGAGCAGGCCACCCAGGUCGAGGUGCCUGCGUCCGAGCUGGACGUCCGCGCGUACUACACCCCGCCGCGCCUCGUCAAUGGCACAGUUAUUGUGUGUCACCAUGGCGCAGGAUCAUCUGGACUGACGUUCGCGUGUAUGGCCAAGGCAGUGGUUGACCUGAGCAAGGGUGAGUGUGGAGUUUUGGCGCUGGACUGUCGCGGACACGGAAAGACGACACGGACGACGGAGCCUGCACCGAGCGAGGAAGAUUAUGCAAUUGAGACUCUGACCGCAGAUUUCGUUAGCAUCUUAAAAGUCAUCUUCCCCGAUCCGGCUACGACGCCCACUCUACUGCUAGUCGGGCACAGCCUCGGCGGAUCUGUGAUCGUGCGUGCAUGUCCAUUGCUGCAGGAGUUCAAAUACCGCAUCACGGGCGUCGCAGUGCUUGACAUUGUCGAAGAAUUCACCCUCGAGGCGCUGCCCAUGAUGCACAAUCUGCUUGAUGCGCGGCCAGAGGGGUUCGGUAGCCCCGAGGAAGCAAUUGAGUGGCACAUCAAGACUCACGCUUUGCGAAACACGGAUUCUGCUCGCAUCUCAGUCCCAGCUAUCAUCAAGCCCGCGCCUCCGGAUGCACCUCAAGGCACGCCUGCAUAUGUCUGGCGCACUCCUCUACAUUCUACUUCGCCUUACUGGACAAGUUGGUUCACAGGGCUAUCGGGAAAGUUCCUGACGGCACGGACUGCUCGCCUGCUCGUUCUUGCGGGUACUGAACGUCUCGAUAAGGAGCUUAUGAUUGGACAGAUGCAGGGCAAAUUCCAGCUCGUGGUCAUAUCUGGAGUGGGGCACAUGUUGCAGGAGGACGACCCGACUCGCCUGGCGGAGGUCCUCGUGGAGUUCUGGAAGCGCAACGAGCGUGUCAUCGCGGGGAUCAAGAAGGUCGGGGACCGAUGA